UAUAUGGUUCCGACCAGACGCGCAUCAUCAGUGUCGCUUGAAAAUAGUAAAAUUUGUAACAAGCUUUAUUUUCCAAAUGUCGAACGGAAAUAGGAGCAAUCACACAGAUAAAUCGAUUAUGAAAAGAAAAGUAGGGAAAUGGUGUACAAAAAAGCAAAAAUCUGCCACCUACUCAGAGGAGACUCUACAACAGGCACUCAAAGAUGUCCGGGCUGGUGAAUCAAAAAAAUCAGUUGCCCAGAAGUACGGGAUACCUAGAGCCACUAUCCAGUUUCGACUGAAAAACAAGUUAGCUGGAGCAAAACGAGGUCGCAGAACAUACUUGACUGAAGAAGAGGAAGCUAAAAUUGUCAAUUGGAUAUUGGAAAAUGACAGGAAGGGUUUUCCAAGAAGACAGAUUGACCUACAGCUAGCAGUGAAGUCAUUCCUGGAUAAUCAUGAAAGGGACAAUCCAUUUACGAAUAACUUUCCCGGUAUACACUGGUUACAAAUUAUUCAUGAAACGACACCCACAACUGAAGAUAUUGAGAAGUACCUUAAAGAGAAGGAUCUGUUUUCAAUAUUGGCGGACCCAAGUCGGGUAUUUAAUGGCGAUGAAACAUGUUUUCAGUAUAAUCCAAAAUUGGGAAAGGUCAUUGCACCAAGAGGUAAAAAAAAUGUUUACGAGGUUGAUCUGGGUAAAGCCAAGGAAAAUUUGACGGCAAUGUUUACAUUUUCUGCCUCAGGUAUAACAACGCCGCCAAUGAUCAUCUACCCAAACAAGAGGCUCAAGUCGGCUGUAGCAAAUGUCAUACCGGAUGAAUGGGCGAUAGGUUUGAGUGAAAAUGGCUGGAUGAAAUCGGAAAUAUUCAUUGAUUACAUACAAAACCAUUUAUAUCCCCAUUUGAAACAAAUUAAUACUAGAUUCCCAAUCAUUCUUUUCGUUGAUGGUCAUAAAUCACACCUAUCUCUGGAGCUGAGUGAGGUUUGUACCAAACUCGAAAUUGUUUUGGUUGCACUAUACCCAAAUUGCACAAGAAUUAUGCAACCAGCUGAUGUAGCCAAUUUUAGACCACUCAAAAGCUUAUGGAAGAAAUCUGUUCUACAAUGGAGACAUGAAAAUCCUUACUGCCAGUUUGGCAAAGAGCAUUUCGCACCAGUUUUAGAAACUGCGAUAAAUGGACUUAACAAAGAGUCAACCAUUAAUGGAUUCAGAGCAUGUGGCCUUUUCCCAUGGAAUCCAGAUGCUCCGGAUUAUAGUAAAUGCCUAGGGAAAAAAACAAAUAGGACUGAGAUAUCAGAGAGACAAGAGCAGCUACAAUCCAAUGUUAGUAAUUAUGAAGAUAUAUGGAAUGUUUUCGAUGAACUAUUAGUAAAAAGACUCAAAAAUGGAGCUAUUAGUGGUUGCUGCUCCUCAGACUGCGAGAAUUUCAACAUUUUAUUGAAAAUAUAUAAUAUUCUGGAACGCCAAAAGAAAAAUAAUACAGCCGGUGCGAAAUGUAUUUUCUCUCAGGAGGAGAUCAAUAACAUGCCGAUUGUAUUGCUGGACGAAGAACAACCCGCUGAGGUAAAUGGUGACGAACUGCUUAUGAAUUUUACUUAUGACGAUGGUGAUAUGUUGAAUCAAAAUAUUCUUACGGAGAGUGAAUUAGAAACCAUCAACUUAUCAUUAAUGGGAAGUGGUAUUCACGCAGAAAUUGAUAACAUUACCACCGAACCUGCGAGGCAACUAAGUGAUAAUCCACUACAGAAGAGCUCAACUUCAAGUCCAGAGCAUAAUGGUGAAAAUGCCCAUAUUGAAAGAUUUUUAGGUGUGCCAGAAACUCCUGUCAGAAAAGGUACCAGGCAAACUGAACGCGUUAGUUUCGUCAUAUCGUCUUCUGCGUAUAAAAAGAAUCUAGAAGAAAAACACAAGAUUAAAGAAGACAAAGAAAAAACAAAAUGUGAAAACAAAAGAAAACGCACGGAGAGAGCGGAAGAACUAGCAAAAAAGAAAAAGUCAAAAAAUACUGUAAAAAAGAAGAAAACUGCUCCUGGAGGCAAUGAAAAUGGUCGCAAUCUAUCCAAAGCUCCCGUUCUAGGAGUGGAGCAAAAUCACCAAAUAUGUUCUUCAGAAAAACGUUCACCAAUGGGAGUUCAUACAACAAAUAAUAUAACGAUAAAGAAAGCAACACAUAUUAGAAAUUUGACAGAUCUGAUGAACGAAAGUGAAUCUGAGUCUCACCUUGAAAGUAAUAUAACAGUAUCUGCAGGACUGUGUUUUUCAUGCACAAAUAAUAUAUGCAAAAUCAAUAUAGGCAUUAAGUGUCAAACAUGCAAGCGAAUGUAUCAUUUGCAAUGUUUAAAAAAAAGAAAAUUGUAUACAGAAAACUUCCAAUGCCACCCUUGUACUGUCAAAUGUAAUAUAAACAAACAAUAG